UGCUGCUAUACAACAAUUCUAUAAUAAUAAUAUAUAUUCAAAGAAUCCCCUGAAGGCUGAAGAUGAAGCGCGUUGCCAAAUCGGCGUUCAAGAACCAAGAACCCUUCCUUUCAAAUCUCUCGUCUGCUUCCUUCACUUUUCAUGCUUCUCAGCUUCUCGAAUUCGCAAUCCAAAAGCCCUUCUUCUCAAUCUCUGAUGUUGAAUCUUGAGCUCGGCUUGUUCGGAAACUGAACUCCGGGACCGCAAUUCUACUAGUUCGGCUCGAGGUUUUCGUUGAGGUAAAAAUUGGAUCAGUUGCGGUUCUUUUGAAUCUUAUUGCUUUGGAGUGCGGAGCUGGAGUUGCGAGAUGUUUACUCAUUUCUGAGGAGUUUUGUUGGUGUGCCCUAAGUAAAGUGCUUUUUUCCCUACUGCUUCUGUUUUAAUUUUUAAGUUGAUUUGCCUAUAGAUUUUCUAUUCGGGUGUCGAUCGCGAAGCUUCGAGUUCUUCUAUCAAGUUCGUCGAGGAAAAAAGCUUGUUUCUCCUUCGUAUGAGGAGGUCGUCGGCGUGAAAUAAGGUUUGGAUUCCUUACCUAAUGUCCGUUGAGAGAUCGUUUGAAGCGUGGGAGGAGGUGCAGAGGCAUGGUCAGGAUUUGGCCGACCGUCUUGCUCAAGGAUUCACGGGACUGAUUCAUUCUCACAUAGCGCCGCCCUCUUUUCCUUGGCCCAACCCCCCCAAGUCUAAGCUCUUUGAUAUUGAAUUUCCGGGACAGAGUUUUGGUAUUAAGGAUUAUGGGUUGACUGUCCAUAAUUCAGGAAUUAAUGGGGUCACAUCGAUUUUGGAUAUUGGUAAUAGGAUUGGACAAGCUGGCGCUGAUUUUGGUGCUUGUUUGAAUGGUAUGGUACAACAAUUUUUCCGACAGCUGCCAGUGCCAUUUCGGCAAGAGGAGAAUGUGAUAGCAUCCAUUAGGAUGGAUCUGGAUAAAAGUUGGCAGAGGGAUGAUAUGGGAGUCACUGUUCAAGGGAAUCUGGGAACAUUAACAGAGUGCUUGCGUAAUUCUGAACUUGCUGACAGUGACGGUGUUUCAGAUGGGAUGGUAGAUGAUGAAACUCCUGGCUUUGAUUUGAGGGCUAUAGGACAUCUGGGAAGGGCACAGGGCACAAUCAAUAUUUCUUCAACCUAUGAUAGUAGAUCACGAGAUGUGGAAAGUUCAUUAGUUGCUAGAGGAGAUUUAUGGAGAGUAGAGGCAUCACAUGGCAGAACCGCAACUGGAAAUGAUAAUUCAUCAUUAUUUCUGCUGCAGCUUGGGCCAGUACUUUUUGUUCGUGACUCGACGCUUCUUUUGCCAGUUCAUUUAUCAAAGCAACACCUGCUUUGGUAUGGUUAUGAUAAGAAGAAUGGAAUGCAUUCUCUAUGUCCAGCAGUCUGGUCAAAGCAUAGAAGGUGGCUCUUUAUGUCAAUGCUUUGUCUCAACCCCCCAGCUUGUUCAUUUGUUGAUUUACAGUUCCCCAACGGGCAGUUGACUUAUGUGUCGGGUGAAGGUUUAACUACAACUGCAUUUUUGCCCUUUUGUGGAGGCCUCCUUCAAGCUCAGGGUCAAUAUCCAGGAGAAAUGAGAUUCAGCUUUUCGUGCAAGAAUAAGUGGGGAACCCGAAUAACACCAAUGGUGCAAUUGCCUGACAAAUCAUUUACUUUGGACCUUGCUCAAUCAUUGGCUUGGCAGAGAUCAGGUGUUCUGGUAAAACCAACUGUCCAAUGCAGUUUAAGUCCCACUUUUGGUGGAAGCAAUCCUGGGUUUCGUGCAGAAAUUGUUCAUUCAGUGAAGAAACAUCUCAAUGUCGUGUGCGGCUGUUCUUCCAUUGCCCAUCCUUCUGCAUAUGCUUCAAUUUCGCUCGGCAGGUCGAAGUGGAAUGGUAACAUUGGUAGUUCAGGGAUAGUUGUAAGAGCUGAUGCUCCGCUCUCUAAUAUUCGUCGAACCUCAUUCUCGGUUCAGAUAAAUACUGGGAUCGAGUUUUGAUCUAAUGGAACAUGCGUUUUUGGUAGCUGUAAGUGUAUAUAUAGUCUCAAAACUGUUCUCUGUUACUUACACACGAUGGGUGAAUAUUUAUUGUUAAGCCAUCAUCUGUAAAUUAUGACAUGUCCUUUUCUCUUUACU